AAGCCACCAUAUUCAUAUUCAACUUUGAUUGCACAGGCGGUAUGGUCGCGCCCCGACUCCAAGAUCACUCUAGCCGGCAUCUAUCAGUUUAUCAUGACCACCUACAAGUAUUACGACAUGGACGAUCCCAGUGGUUGGCAGAACAGCAUUCGACACAAUCUCUCGCUCAACAAGGCGUUUGUGCGCGUCGCACGUGGGCCCGAUGACCCUGGCAAGGGUGCCUUUUGGAGCAUUGACCCCUCACAUGCCGAGCAGCUUCGAUCUGGCCUCUAUCGUCGCCGAUCACGU